UGUUGGCUGGCAGACGCGCGUGGGUCCGCGAUCACUCUCAAUGCCGUUUACUCCUGUACAAAUCAGCCGCGUGUAGCAGCCGAAAAUGUACAGGGUCAGCACCUCGUUCUUUCAUACUUAAGGUCCCCAAGAGACAAACCGUCGCUCUGUGGUUCGAGCCAACAUGUCCCCAACAUAUAGUGUUCUGAAAACCUUCUACGAUUUCAUUAUCAUCGGAGCUGGCACCGCUGGCUCUGUCGUUGGAACCCGUCUAUCGGAGAAUCCCAAUUUCAAAGUCCUCGUACUUGAAGCUGGUACAGACGUGCCGAGAACUCCAGCAUUCUCUGUCCCUGUAUAUGCCACGCAACCAGCAUUUGGUACAGAGGCCUUGUGGCAAUAUCAGAGCGAGCCUCAAAUUGGGCUCAACAACAGAACAGUCCCAGUCCCACGUGGAAAAGUAGUCGGCGGGUCAUCACUUUUCAACUUCAUGUUCUACACUCGUGGAUCGUUUGAAGAGUAUGACCGGAUAGCUAAUAUCACAGGCGAUCAACGUUGGUCGUGGAAUAAUAUCCUCCCGUUUUCCAAAAAAUCUGAAACGCGCAAGCUUCCUACCAGUGGUCACGACUUCCCUGGGGAUUAUGAUCCCAGCAUAUAUGGAAACAAAGGCCCUAUACUCAUCUCCCUCGCUAAUGAUGGAAGUCCUUUCCACGAAAGGGUUAAACAAGCCGCGCACGAGCUCCCGGACUUUAGCUGGAAUUCGGACACUAACUCUGGGAAACCUCUCGGCGUUGGCAAACUAUUUGGAACCAUAGGAACAGGUGUUAGAAAUGGUGCAAACAACUACUUCAAAGCAGCUGGAGCUCGACGGAACUUGGAUUUGAUACGGAACGCCCAGGUUACAAGAAUAUUGUUCUCUAACGACAAAAUACCAGUUGUCACCGGCGUUGAGUUUACCCGAAGCCCCGAUGGCCCAAGGACCGUUGUCAAGGCCUCCAAAGAAGUCAUUCUUUCUGCUGGUUCCAUCAACUCUCCCCAGAUCUUGAUGCUCUCGGGCGUUGGUCCAAAAUCGGAACUCGAGGCAUUGGGGAUUAAAGUGGUUAAAGAUCACCCCGAAGUAGGCAAGAACUUACAAGAUCACACAUUACUUCUGAAUAAUUGGUAUAUAAACGACAAUGGUACAAGGGACGAGCUCUACAAUAACCCCGCCUUCGCUCAACAACAACAAGGGUUGUAUGACACAAACAGAACUGGCCGCUUGUCCAACACGAUCGCUCAAUCAAUUGGAUUCUUUCGUUUGCCUCCUGAUGACUCCAUCUGGUCGCAACCUGGCGUCGUUGACAAUUCCCCAGGUCCAAACUCACCCCAUUUUGAAUUUAUCAUGGAUGAUGGAUUCACGAAUACACUCUAUCCUCGACCCUCGAAGGGGAAUUUUAUGAGCAUCGCGACAGUAAAUUUGUCUCCUAGUUCCAGGGGAAGCGUGAAACUACGAUCAAGCAAUCCCUUUGACACGCCCCUGAUCGAUCUUGGACUCCUCACAGAGGAGCCCGACCUCCACAUCUCUGUGGCUGCCCUCAAGCACGCGCGAGAAUUCGCGACUGCACCCAUCUUCAACGGCUACGUUUUGGGGGAGUGGGGUCCAUUAACUCCAGCGCAAACUGACGAAGAGAUCAUCCAGUAUAUUCGCAACAAUACGGUAUCCAUUUUCCAUCCCUCUUGCAGUCUUGCCAUCUCGGCCAAGAACAGCACCAAAGGUGUUGUCAAUCCUGAUCUAACCGUGAAGGGUAUUAAGAAGCUUCGCGUCGUCGAUGCUAGUGUUUUCCCAAUCAUACCAGCGGCUCACCUUCAGAUUCCAGUCUACGCAAUUGCGGAGCUCGCGUCCGAGAUGAUUGCGGGCGAUUACAAGUAAAUGAACGAAUUUUCCUGGCGACUCAAAAAGGGGGCAUGUUUUGCCAUGUUCAAGGACAG